AUGGGCGGGAGAAGACUUUUUUCUGCUGUGAACGGCCCGCUGAAUGGGAGGUGUCUGGUCCUCGCUGUCCUGGCUUUCGUCUGUUGGCUGAUCUGCUUCCACAGCGAUUCCUCCGGGGUCACGUCGGACUGUUGGUGUUUUGGCCUGGCACAGCACGUGGCUCACGUCUACUGUCUCACCGCAGCCGAGACACCUGCGCCCAAAACGAGAGAAGGAAGACAAAAAGACGACGCAUUGCGCGCUUCCAGAGCAUGGGCGACUCGUGGCCCCGACCACCUGGUUUACCUGGUUCUCCGCCAGGCAUCGGGCCUGGUUCUGGACCACCUGGCCCCUGGCCGCCUGGCUCUAGGCCGCCUGGCUCUGGACCGCCUGGUUUUGGGCCUCCAGGCUCUGGACCACCACCAGGACUUCUGGGACAACAUUCCCGGAACCACAACAACGACAACGACGAGCAGGUCCAGUGCCCCAGCAACUACCACAACUACCACAAGUUCCCAACCGACAAAUACGACACCACCACCAGAUGAGGACGAGGCGGAGGAAGAUCCAGAUCGAAGCCCGAACCCCCAGCCGCAGCCGCAGCCGCAGCCCGAGCCCGAACCUGAGCCCGAACCUCAACCCGUUCGGGGGGGUCAGGAUAGGGAAGAGGAGGAAGCGGAGGAACCGCCGCAGACGACCACCAACCAAAAUCCAGACCCGACAGCGGGGAAUCCCCAUCCAUCACAAGACCAACAAGACGAAGUGGACAACACGCCUCCCAGUGUUACAACCCAGACCACACCCGCGACACAAAUUAAUCCUGCGCCAGCACCCACCGAGACACCGACGACUCCCAUCUUUAACCCAGUGACAUCCGAGCAACCCUGGAGAUCUGGCUCAACCGCGACGACUUUUGCGACGCAUACGUCUUCCAAUACCGCAGACUUACUUCCCGCAGUACCCACUGCGGGCGCCAGCGAUGCCGAAGGACAAGAACAAAACAACUCUCUCGGAACAGGCCCAAUCGUUGGCAUCGUCUUUGGCGUGAUACUGGGCAUCGUAUUCCUAUGUCUCGCCAUUUUCUCCCUCGUGCGCCGCAGACGCCGCAAGCAACCCGCCCCUCACGAGCACGCCAGCACCGUCCCUCCAACCCAACAGCCCCGAUCCAACGCCGAAGCCCCUCCCCUCGCAUGGACCCACGUCCCCGCCGACAACGAGUCGGAAAAGGACGGCGUAGUCCAAAUUUUCCGCUGGCCAUCCCUACCCUCCGGCCGCUCAGGCUACCGACGAGCCAGCGACGAGGAAAGCGCCUCCCUCGUCUCCACCGUAGACCGGCCACCGCACGUGGCCAUGGCAGCACGCACCCACGGCCACAAGAAGAGCUGGUCGCGAAGCACGAUUUCCACGCUCAUCCGCCCCUCGACGCGGGGGACCCUGGCGCGGAAGGAGGCAGAAGCAGCAGCAGCAGCAGGGGCCACCACGACAUUCACUUCGGAAGCCGAGAAGCGACGCAUGAGCGACAUGGUGCGGAAACACUUGACGGCCGCCCUGGCGACGAACCCGGCCGAGGAAGCGGGGCGGAAUAACAUCUCGAUCAGCAGCAAUGGACGGGAGGAAGCAGAACGAAACGGCGGCGGGGCGUACCUGCAUCCCGGACCAUUAAGGGGCAGGAGAAACAGCGCGGCGACGAUGUCGAGCGUGGGGAGCUCGGGCGGCGGGAGCUUCGUGAGCAGCGGCGUGCUUUCGCAUACGUUGGGGUCUUUCCCGACGCCGCCCAGUGGGGGGAAUUCGGGUGCUUCGACGCCUGAUUCGGUCAAGAUUCCUUCGCCUCUUGCGUCGCAGACCUAUGUCGAGAGACUGGAAACCCUGCCGGCUAAGACUUAUAAGCCGUAUAGGCCGGGGUUGACGGGAUCGAGUUGAACGCGGGGAUUUACGUGCGCGACUGUCGUUCAUUCACCUUUUCUUCUUUUUUCUUUCUUUUACUUGUACCCUUUUCCGACCCCUUUUUAGCCAUACGGCCACGAAUGUCUCUUUGUAUCAAUAAUGUACCUAUAUGAAGCACCAAACAGUAUCAUGAGUGUAUGCUCCAGCUCGAAUGCUCGACUACAUGGCUAUUUAUGAGCCUGUCUCUAAACAUUUAUAUAUUUCUUUCCUUCUUUCUUUUGCUCUUCUCGUUCCUUUUCCCUUUUCCCGUGGGACCUCGCAAAGACUAAGUAAACUCUUUCCCGUCACCGUACCACUCAUAGAAGGAGAUGCGUGCAUCAGAAAAGAAACUCCCUGGGUUACUCCGGAGGGGUAAUAAGGGGCCACUUCAAGCAGUCAUCUUACCUAAUCGGCGUGGG